GAGCGUGCCAGCGAAGGGAGGUGUCCUCCGGUCCGGGGCCAGGAGCGGAGCUGGCGCCGUAGAGUCCGACGUCUCUCCAAGGUGGAGUCGGUCUCCGGUCCGCGGAACAGCAACUGACGCAGCGGCUUCAAUUCCCCGCGGGAAAGGACACCUGGAGGCGCCCUCCUCCGCGGCCACGGGUCUUCUCCUCUUUUAGCAUCUUCUUCAUCUUCUCGGGCUUUCAAUUUUUUUGGAGGGGGCACCAUCAAGAAAACUGUGGGACUUUUUUCCUCUUUAAAAAAAAUAAAUAAUUAAACUGAAGCGCCCGAGUGUCGGUGGAUAAAGACGGAGUCACAGGAAGACGUCUAUUGACGCAAGUGAACAUUAUGUGAAGAAUAAAGGCGUGGAAAUGCGUCGCAAACGCUUCUGUCUGCUCGGGGUGUUUGCCAUCAUGAGCCUCCUGCCCUCCGGCUCCCUGGCAGAUCUGACGUGUGAAGCCUUGCUCAUGCUGUCGGGAAACGUCUCCUUACAGUUGCUGGCCUCCUCCUGGAACCAGACCUUGAGCAACGCCACAGGUCAGUGGAGCGGCUCGGGUCCGUACUGCGACACCUCCGUCGAUGGCAUCGGGACCUGCUGGCCCAAGAGCGGCGCCGGCCACAUGGUGUCACGACCCUGUCCGGAGAUGUUCUACGGCGUCAGAUACAACACCACCAAUAACGUGUACAGGAAAUGUCUUGGCAACGGGACGUGGGCGCUGAAGGGGAACUACACCAUGUGUAAGGCCAUUCUUCACGCAGAGAAGAAGGGCAAGAUGCAUUACCAGAUCGCCUUCAUCAUCAACUUCCUGGGUCACUUCAUCUCCUUGGUGGCACUGCUCGUCGCCUUCUUCCUCUUCCUGUGUCUGAGGUCUCACAGGAGCAUUCGCUGCCUGAGGAACAUCAUCCACUGGAACCUCAUCACCGCCUUCAUCCUGAGGAACGCCACCUGGUUCAUCGUCCAGAUGACCAUGAGUCCCGAGGUGCACGAAAGCAACGUGGUUUGGUGCCGCCUCGUCACCGCCUCCUUCAACUACUUUCACUCCACCAACUUCUUCUGGAUGUUCGGCGAGGGCUGUUACCUCCACACGGCCAUCGUCCUCACCUACUCCACCGACAAGCUGCGCAAGUGGAUGUUCAUCUGCAUCGGCUGGUGUAUACCGUUCCCCAUAAUUGUGGCCUGGGCGAUUGGGAAGCUGUACUACGACAACGAGAAGUGCUGGUUUGGGAAGCGAGCCGGCGUCUACACCGACUACAUCUACCAGGGUCCCAUGAUCCUCGUCUUAGUGAUCAAUUUCAUUUUCCUCUUCAACAUUGUGAGAAUCCUGAUGACCAAACUGCGCGCUUCUACCACAUCGGAGACGAUCCAGUACAGGAAAGCCGUGAAGGCCACUCUGGUUCUGCUUCCUCUCCUGGGGAUCACCUACAUGCUCUUAUUCGUCAACCCGGGAGAAGACGAGAUCUCUCAAAUCGUCUUCAUUUAUUUCAACUCUUUUUUGGAGUCCUUCCAGGGCUUCUUUGUGUCUGUGUUUUACUGCUUCCUAAACAGCGAGGUGCGGUCGGCCGUGAGGAAGCGGUUCCACCGCUGGCAGGAGCAGCACUCCAUCCGCAACCGGAUGACCCAGGCCAUGUCCAUCCCCACCUCCCCCUCACGGGUCAGCUUUCACAGCAUCAAGCAGUCCACAUCGCUAUGAAGGAGGGAGGAGGAGGAGGAGGAGGCUGGCGUUGUCCUUGAUACCCCUCCCCGUCCCUCCCUUUUGCUGUCCUCAUCCUUUUCCGCCACAUCACUGGAGUACACUGAAACACUUUUGCAAGGCUGCAUCAGCCUCACAAACCUCAGGAGGAGAAGCUGGAUGAGGACGGAGGUCAAGGACACUGCGGCAGGUGAGUGGGUCAGAAGACGUAUGUACAGCUCUCCACGUUCGUGGCACGUCUCCGUUUUACUUCCUGCUUGCAAACUUUCUUUUUUGUGUUUGUUUUUUUGGAUGAUCUUACAUCAGUGAGAACUUUGGGGCACAGCUGGACUGAACUGGAUCCACUGGACGCAGCCAAUAACUAAAUUAAGAUUUAUGUUUUUGUUGUUUUGUUGUGUUCUGGAUGUAGUGUGUUGUGUUACCUUCCUCUGUUCUCAGCCAGCUUGGCGAAGUCGGGCCACUUCCAUCGACUAUCCAGAAAGCUUAAGCACAUUCCAGCGUUUUCUACCUGAAGAGCUUUGCUCCAAAAUAACACGUCUUUCAUGAAAUGAGCUCAAAGCCGAGCACACGAGUGGUUAGUUAGCAGUAGUUCAGUCAGACGAGAGGAUCAACACCACUGGUAACCAGGAGGUAAUUAGCUUAGCUUAGCUUAGCAUAGGGAGAGUGUCGUAUUCGCACUUUAACUGGAGAGGACUGCUUCGGGAACUCCGUAAAAUGUGAGCAAGUGGAUCUGCUCCAACAUUUAUUAACCAGGUGAAGGAUUUGUUUUAUUGUAUUUGGAACAAAACUCUUCAGUUGAAUUAAGCGACUUACUGUUUCCUCUCCACCAUCAGUGGAGACGAACACAGUUUAUCCGACUCUGGAAUCUUACCAGGGCCCCCGUUCCUCGUACGUGGUUCAAUUAAGACGAUAAAAUGCCCCAUUAGCCAGUUUGAAUUAACCCGAUGAUGGAAAUUACGCUAACCUGGCUCCUCAAAGGCUGAUCCGGGCUCAAACAGUCUCGUUAAUCUGAACCAGACGUCAGUCACCAGGAUAAUCGCGCAUGUGUGUCCUACUUCAGAAGGAGGAAGAGUCAAAGAGUUUUUCCCGGGCCGAUGAGGGUUUUCGGGACACCGACUGUAAAGCCCUCUGAUGCAGAUUUGGGCUUUAGAAAAUGAAAUGAAAUGAAUUGAACUGAAUAUUUGAGGCAAAAUCGAACACCGCCACCACUGCGAGGGCUAGACAAGAAGCACGGCAAAGUAUCGCAGACGGGUUAAAUGCGUAGGUGUUGGCAAAAUGUAGAGGCUAAUUCCCCAAUCCACCAGAUUAUAUUCUUUUGAAUGUGCCUGCUGGCAGUAGGCUUCGGGGUCUGCAUCAUCCAAUGAGAUCCUGCUAGCGAAAAUAAUUAUCUCAACUUUCAAAAGAAGCAGAUAAAAAGAAGCCUUGUAAGCUUACCCAGCGGACUUAAAUGAGCCUGCAGGUUCGACUUUAUGAAUGUGUUGCUAUGGUGAUUUUGCCAAACUUGCUUCGUGGAACCGAAAAGCCUGACGUAUGUAAUCUUAUCCUGAAAAUGAUCCGUCUAACUUUUCACGUACGGGGAACGGGGUCCAGGUGACUUCCUGUGUCGGUCACCUGAAGCUUGAGCUACGCAGUAACUCUGUUUACUGAUUUAUGAAAUGUAAAUCUAUAAUUGUAAAUAUAUAUAAAUAUAUAAGCAGGGUUAAAGUCACAAAUAUGAACCAAAAAACACCAACCACACACUGUGAAACAGCAUAUUAAUCCAUUAGCAGUCCACAUUCCCCCUGAACCAGUCUGCCUAGCACCUGUGCAUUUUAUUAACUGCUUGUUUUAUGUUAAUGUCAAGCUGUGUUUCAAUCUAACUUUUUGUUGACCGUUUAAUUUUCACCCUCUUUGAAUUGACAGGCGUAGUUGGGCCUUUGCAGUUAAAGGAAUUGUAAUAACGGAGCACCGGGGGAGGGGAAAUAUUAAAGUUCACCAUAUUAAAGUUGCAAACUUACAAUUUGAGGAACCAGAGAUUGAAGUGAGGCCUUUAUUGUUUGAGGAAGUAUAACUAAAAUAUUCUCUUAGAUUAUAAAGAAAUUAAUUCCAAAAACAAAACCCCCUCUGAGAGAAUCUCUCUAUUCAAAUUCCAAAGAAAUGGAAUAUUCUCUUGGAUCAAAGUUUUCUUAUCCCCCGUCUCAAGCUGUAUUUUAUUUACCUACAAAGACCCUGGUCAUGUCAUGAGAGCUGUAGUUGUGUUUAGAUGAUUGAUGACAGGAUGUGUCACGUGUCACCUGGUGUUUAUCCAGGAAGCAGGUUUAUGGGGGAUAAAAUGACGCCGUUCAAAAGUUUGCAAUCAACUGUUAUAUUGAUAUUUCGCUUUCUUUUUGUACUAACAGAAAAACAAUCCGGACACCAAAUGUACGAUUUAUUGGAAACGUUCCACUGAGCCUCGAUCAUCAUUGGACUUUAAAUCCAGAGUGAGUCUCUGGAUGAAUUCUCUUUUAGUCUCUUUUAGUCUUCAGCCUGGUGGAACACGUUCUUAACUCGAUAACAUCUGUUUGUGAAGAGAACUUUUCCAACACAUUAAAAGCAUGAAAGAACAUUUGUCCUCUGAUUACAGACUUUUGAACGCUUUGUACGUCUCAAAUGAAAGAAAAUGGAUAACGCUCUUCUGCAAUGUAGAAUCAAUGUAAGAAAAAGAAAGUAUCAGAGGGACAUGUUGUCAUUCCAGCGCGGCGAAAUGCAUCCGGUACGUUUGCCGACCAAAUCACAAUGUAGUUCACGUUAUUAUUUAUUUUCAAUAUUGUUAUUUUCAUACUUGAAAAGAUGUGAAGAAAUAAUAAACUGUGUGUCUCAUUCGACCGAAUGAAAAAUGCAA